GCGUUUCCGCGGUCGCCGGUUCCGGUUCCGGCGGGGCCCGGUGUGGCGGCGGCGGUGGCAGGAUGGGGCUGAGCGCGGAGGAUGCGGCCGAGCAGGAGGAUCGCUUCGACGGCAUGCUGCUCGCCAUGGCGCAGCAGCACCAGGGCGGCGUGCGCGAGCUUGUGAACACCUUCUUCAGCUUCCUGAGGAGGAAGACGGAUUUCUUCACUGGGGGAGAAGAUGGAGUGGCAGAGAAGCUGAUCACAGAUGCUUUCAACCACCACAACAAACUGGCUCAGAAGGAGCGGAAGGAGAAGAAGGCCCGUCAGGAGGCCGAGCGGCGCGAAAAGGCCGAACGUGCCGCCAAACUGGCCAAGGAAAAGCAGGAAGCCAACGAGCCAAGGAUCAAGGAACUCACAGAUGAGGAAGCAGAAAGGCUGCAGCUCGAAAUCAACCAGAAGAAAGAGGCACAAGGACAGGUCAACAGUGUCCCAGUGAAACCCUCAGAGGAUGAAGCUGAAUCAGAUUCUAACAAACAGGGAACAGAUGAUGAAGAGGAAGACGAGAAGGAUAAAGGAAAACUUAAACCCAACUCUGGCAAUGGAGCUGACCUUCCAAAUUACAGGUGGACACAGACUCUUUCAGAAUUGGAUCUGGCCAUCCCUUUCAAGGUGAACUUCAGGUUGAAGGGGAAGGACGUGGUGGUCGAUGUCCAGAGACGCCGCCUCAAAGUCGGCCUGAAGGGCCACUCUCCUGUCAUUGAUGGGGAGCUCUUCAAUGAGGUGAAGGUGGAGGAGAGCUCCUGGCUCAUUGAAGAUGGUAAAACAGUCACUGUGCACCUGGAGAAGAUCAACAAGAUGGAAUGGUGGAACAAACUGGUCUCCACAGACCCAGAGAUCAACACCAAGAAAAUUAAUCCAGAGAACUCAAAGUUGUCAGACCUGGACAGUGAAACUCGCAGCAUGGUGGAGAAAAUGAUGUAUGAUCAACGACAGAAAUCCAUGGGCCUGCCCACGUCUGAUGAACAGAAGAAGCAAGACAUUUUGAAAAAGUGGGUACACCUCAUUAAUCUGUGGGGUUUUGCCUUCCCAAGCCCUCCUCCUCUUCCUCUUUGGCACAAAUAUGUGAGGAGAAAGCAGGUUGGCCUUCAAUCCCACCUGUGCUCUCAUCUGUGUAGUCAUUGAACUGUUGGCUGAUCACUGGUGUCUAUAAAAGCCUGUGGGGGUAAAAAGCCUAAUGGGAAAUUCUGGGAAUAGCCUAGCUCUGGAAUUGUCUUAAUCUGCUGAUUUCAAGUCCAGAAGGCAUGUUUGGGACUGGAGGUGCCAUCUCUGCUGAACUUUAACAUGGUCUUGAUUGCUGUCUAAUCUCCCUGGGUAGCCCAGCUAAUCACCCCUCCCUGCCACUUGCCACCAGGAGCUGUCCCUAAGACACUUUUAUGGCUUUACUGCCCUGUUUGGCAGAAAUGCAAUGCUGGGGAAAUGACUCCUGGGGCUCCCAAGGCCGUUCAGGAAGGGGUGGAGGCAAUUCUGGGUCACCGAGCUUCUCCAGCAAGUGCAGAUCCACAUCUUAUCUCUGGAUGGAAGGAGCUGACCUGACUCCUUGUUUCCCUUGGCUUUAUCUCUAAUGCCAGAAGCUUCCCUGUGGGGUGUAACUAGAGCAGAGACCAGGCUUCCUUAGUGCCUGUUGAGUUAGUGGAAUGGGAGGUAGCUCUGCUCCCAGGAAGUCCACAUGCAGGGCACCUCGUUGGCAAGGUCACUUGUCUGGGUGCUCUGGAAGUUUGGCUUCUCCAGAGAUUGGCUGGCAGAGGAUGGAGAGGAAGUUUAGACUUUGUUCAGGCCAAAGUAGACUCUGUGACACCCAGGUAGGUGCUGAUAUCUGCCAGUGGAGCUCUCCUGGCUGCCAAACAAGGACAUUAUCCUCACAGCACAGAUUUCCCUGGAAAUGGAAAGUGGAAAUGCCGUGGUGGCAUUUCAGGUGAAGCCCUGAGAUGGGAACACAGAGGGGACCGAGGCCUGCCCUUACUUGCACUUUGUGUGUGGAUCCUCCACGUGGGUGUGACGUGUUGUAUCCCCUGGAGAACAGGUCACAGGAGCUUCUGCAUGCACACAUCACUCCUGAGCACUCCUAGGCACAGGGUGUUGGGCUCCAAACAUUCUGAUGUGGCAACCUAAGUCCAAACAGUCCCUGGAAGGUGUCCCUGCCCAUCACAGGAGGUUGGAACAAGAUGAUCUUUAAGGUCCCUCCCAGUCCAAACCAUUCAGGUUGCACCUGGUAUGAAACCAGAUUCCUCUGGUCAUGUCCUCCAUGAGUUUUUACUGUCAGAGCACUGGAGAUACUCCCCAGUAAUGCUCAAGCUGACAAGGCUCAAUCUUAAAUCAUAAUCUGCCCUCACAAUCUCCCCUCUGCCCCACAAUGUGUUGUAGCUGCCACGUGUCCAAGAGGUAACAGUUAAAGGGUGUCUGAUAAUUAACUCCUGUGUGUCUGGACUUGCUGACCUGGUAGGAUGGCAGGAAUGCUGCUACCACUGACCCGAGGAAGAGGUGUUUGUAGUCCAGGGAGUGUGUCCCAAGGAGCUCAGCAGAACAUUCCCUGCUGUGGAGGGUGUGGGGACAAAGCAAAAAUCCUUCCCUCCCCAGACAGGGCUGUUCUGGCUCCUGCUGACUCACCCAAACUCUUGUCUUUGUUUUUCCUGCAGGUUCAUGGAACAGCAUCCAGAAAUGGA